UCUUCGAAAUUCGCAAAAUCCAGUCUCUGCCUAUACCCCCAGCUUUCUUCUGAUAUUUCUUCUCCUUCCUUUUAUUAUCCUUCGAAUUAUCUUCCUCUUCUUCCUCUUUAUCCCUCAAUUUCUUCCAUCCAAUUUCUCCAUUCCUUCAGUCCUCCUCUCUCUCGUAGUUGCCUUUCUGGGCUGAAAGCGUUUUUGAUGUGCAAAACUUGAAGAAGGGGCUUCCAUGGCGGCAACUCAAUCUGCUCCUCCUCCUUCGGAUGAUGAUAACCCUCAGAAUUCAGCUCCUGCUCCAGUUCCUGCACGAGCUACGAUUGAGGAUCAUGGAGAUGCGAAGGCGGAGGUUGAUAAGCAAACCUCACCGCCAUCGGUGUUUGUGAACUCUGAACCAAUGAGAGAGGAUCAAGUGCAAAAUGCUGUGAAAUUUCUUCAACAUCCUAGAGUAAGAGGCUCUCCUGUUGUUUAUAGACGAUCAUUUUUAGAAAGAAAGGGUCUUACAAAGGAAGAGAUUGAUGAGGCAUUCAGGCGUGUGCCCGACCCGCCAUCUAAUUCUCAUACUGCUACUGUGAGUCAAGAUGGACAGGUGAACACAGUUCAGCCACAGCCCUCUACGCAAUCUCUUCAACCAGUUGCUGCUGUCACUCCUCCUGCUGGUGGUGAAUCUCGUGUGGGGACCGUCGCACGGUCUAGAUUCCAUUGGUCACAUGCCAUUCUCGCAAUAGGAGUAUUGGCUGUUUCAGGUGCUGGAACAGUUGUAGUAAUCAAGAAUUCUAUUAUUCCUAGGUUGAAAUCUUGGGUACGUAAAGUUGUAUUGGAAGACGAUGACGUUGAGAAGAAAAUAAAUUCAAAACCAAGUGCAGCCGAGGAAGCAGCUGCCGCUGCCAAAGCUGCAGCAGCAGCAGCAUCUGAUGUGGCAAAGGCGAGUCAAGAGAUGCUGUUUUCUAAAAAUGAAGAGAAAAAGAAGUUUGAGGACUGUUUUGACUUGUUGGUUGCUCAGCUUGGGCAGAUGAAGUUGAUGCUGAAGGCCAUUGAGAAAUUGGAAGCAACCACGUACGGAAGAACUACUACCGUUGAACAAGAAGAUUAUCGAAUUACUCCCAUGAGUUCAAAGCAACCAUAUUCCAAUGGCAAGGUGGACCCUAGCUUGCAGUCAGCUACACCUGCCAAACCUGUUGAACCCUCAGUUGCACCACAUCCCAAGUCUUACAUGGAGAUCAUGGCCAUGGUCCAGAGAGGAGAGAAGCCAUCUAAUAUUAGAGACAUAGAUGAUUUACCUCCCAACCCAAAUCAACAGCCAUCAAAUCCUCGCCUAGCUCCUAGAGCCAAGCCUUGGGAGGUUGGUACGCAAAACAAUCCUGGCUUUUUCCCUCAGUCUCAAGAAGAUGCUGGUUUGAAUUCCUUGGUACAAAACAAUGGUGUGACUUACGAAAACGAUAAUGCUUCAGUACCUUGGUGGCAGAAGAGAAAUGUUAAUAUUACAGAGGUCGAGAAUAAUGAGUUGAAGGUAGGCUCUUCCAAUGGUCUCUAUGCUGAGAAACCUGUUCAACGUGCAUGGGUUCCUCCUCAGCCACCACCUGUUGCAUUGCCAGAAGCAGCUGAAGCCAUCCGAAGGCCAAAACCAACUUUCCAGAAAGAACAGUUUACUGACGAGCCGUUAGCAACACAACCAAAUGUAACCGAUGAGUUGCAGAAGGCCACAAAAAUUUCUGAAUCUGGGGGAGCAUUCGAUUAUGAGAACUUGGGAGUGAGCUCAAGUGAGAUACAAGUGGAAGAUAGUGGCUCUGGAGGACAAUGAAAUGGGUUAGAGUAUUAUAAAAAUCACGUAUGAUCUGGAGUUAUAGUCUCAUGAACUUCCUACUAAAUUCAUAGAAAUCGAUGAAAGGAUGCUAUCACGUUUCCUGAAAAUGUUUGUGUACUUUGUUGACUGUGCCAAACAAUAAUCCCGUCUUAUUUUCCCUUUAUAGAAUAAAUUAUUACACAACGUAUUUGAUAGUACACAUUGAUUUUUUUGUU